AUGUCAAGCAUCGGAGGUCCUAAUUCAACUUUCGCGUAUAAUUUUCCAAGUUCUACGGUUGAAAGCGACGCUACUGUCAUAAGGGAGCCGAUGGAAGACGGUGUGUACGACUUCGCCGUCAUCGGCGGAGGUUGCGGUGGAUUGGCCGCCGCAAAGGAGGCUGCCAGUUUGGGUGCCAAAACCAUUCUCUUCGAUUACGUGCGCCCAUCCCCGCGGGGGACUACUUGGGGCCUUGGAGGCACCUGUGUUAAUGUGGGCUGUAUCCCAAAGAAGCUGAUGCACUACGCUGGCAUUUUGGGACACGCUUCGCAUGAUCGUGAGGCACUUGGUUGGGGAAGCCAUGAUGGAUCACACGAUUGGGGUCGUCUUGUAGGCACCGUACAGAACUACGUCAAGAUGCUCAACUUUUCCUACCGCUCGGGACUUAUUUCCAAGAGCGUUGAGUACGUCAACGCUCUGGCGAGCCUUGCGGACAAAAAUACAGUGACUUUCACCGACAAGAAGGGACAGGCGCAGCAGAUCAAGGCUAAGAACGUGCUGAUCGCCAUCGGGACACGUCCCACCAUCCCCAGCGACGUAAAGGGGGCAUGGGAGUAUUCGAUCACUUCUGACGAUUUAAUGAGCAGGAAAGAGCCUGUAGGUAAGACGCUAGUAGUCGGCGGCUCGUUCGUUGCUCUGGAGUGUGCCGGUUUCCUUACCUCUAUGGGUUACGACGUGACUGUUGCCGUCCGUUCUCUUGUGCUUAGAGGAUUUGACCGCCAAUGUGCGGACAAGGUGCAAGAGCUUAUGUUGGCAACUGGUACCAAAUUCAGGAACGGAGUUGUGCCAAAAGUCAUCACCAAACUCGACAAUGGCAGGCUCCGCGUCGAGUUUAUCGAUGGAAGCUCUGACGAAUUCGACACCCUGAUGUAUGCGACUGGCCGUUCUGUGUCUCAAAACAUGCGAAAGGAACUCAGCGCUAUAGGUGUCAAGUUUAGCGAGUACGGCAGAAUCAUAGCCGAGGAUGGCCAGACCUCUGUGGAGGGCGUGUACGCCGUUGGUGACGUCGUGGAGGGCAACCCCGCUCUGGCCCCGGUUGCCGUGAAGGACGGUGAACUGCUUGCCCGCAGGAUCUUCGGAAACUCAAAGAAGAAGAUUGACCUGAACUACAUUCCUAUGUGUGUCUUCACGCCGUACGAAUAUGCGCGGUGUGGAAUUUCGGAGGAGACAGCCGCCGAACUUUACGGGGAUGACUUUGAUGUCUACCUGAAGGAGUACACGACUCUCGAGUUCGCGGCUGUGCACCGAGAGAAGGUAGAGAGCGUGCGCAACGAUGAAUACGACGUCGACAUGCCCCCUACAUGUUUGUCCAAAAUGAUCUGCAAAAAGGAUGGCACCGUUGUCGGUGUGCACUUUGUCGGCCCCAACGCCGGGGAAAUAAUACAGGGCCUAUGCAUGGCCGUACGCAAGGGAAUCACCAAGGACGAAAUAGACGACACCAUUGGUAUCCACCCAACGGACGCAGAGAGCUUCGUAAAUCUCACUGUCACGAAGAGGUCCGGUGAGUCAUGGGUGUCGAGCCAGGGCUGCGGUGGUGGUCGUUGCGGUUAA